AUGUCGACCGACGACGUCGCCUUCUCAGCGUACACCAGCAGCACGGACGACUAUCUCGCGUUUCUUCCCAGUGACGAGUCCACGAGCGACGUUGACGAGGUCCCAUCUCCAUCAGCGUCACUCGACGAUUCCGUCGAAGAGUUGAGCUCUACUUUUGCGUCUUCGAGUUCGAUGGCGUCUCGAUGGACCGUUUUCACUCCUAUUAGUGGCUCUCUUCACGGUACCACUUACGCAGACAAAAGGCCACGAGCGACGCGAAAUCAGAGUACUGUUACUGGUUCGAGUGCUGUCAGAGCCAUUAAAAACAGACCUGAGCGCGAGCCAAACGUCUCGGCGAGAGUGUUGGCGCUCUAUACUACACGGAAAACGCAGUUGCAAGACGCACUGGAUGCUGCUUCAGGUGGCUACAGCAGUGGCGAAGCUGUAUUCAGGUUUGCAAAGCAGCACGACAAGAAGAGCGUAGUAGGACAUGAGGACAAGGAGGACGAGGAGGACGAUGUACUGAAGGCAUCGCCAGCUCCGGUGGUUGAUAAGGUGGAAAGUCGUGCUCCAGAGAAGAAGAAUCUGGGCAGAAGACGGCCUGUUGGUGGCCGAAACGAGAGGAGAAACGAAGACGAUGAGAGUGAUGAGCACGAGGACGAGCGGUAUGGAAUGGAGCCAGAUCCGCUGUACGACGAGCAGCUCGACGACGCUGACAAGCUGUGGGUACAAACACAUUUCAAUGGAGCUCGAUCGACGCAACCCGAGACGGAUGCUACGCUGUGUUGUCCGUGUUGUUUCUUGACAGUGUGUAUGGUCUGCGAGAGGCACGUCACCUAUACCAAUCAGUAUCGAGCCACUGCCGCGAUCAACUGUCGUGUGAAGCGGGACGAUAUUCUCACUUAUGCAUCGAGCGGUAGUUCCGCACCUGCAUCAAUGCCGUUCCACAUGCGGAAGAGUGCAAAUACAAGUGAUGGCGACACAGCAGCUAUUUCCACACCAGGCCGAGAGAUUGCGAGGUUGUUACAAGCUGAUGAGUUUUUCUCGGUGGUGUGCUCGGACUGCGGCACCAUGGUGGGCGUCUUUGACCAAGACCAGCAAUACCAUUUCUUUAAUGCCUUACCCAGCAUCAGCUGA